CGCAUGCGCUAAUGCAUGCGGAAGGCGGGAUUUGACCAACUCGGGAGUGGGUGAUGGUGUCUAGCCAUCCUGUGUCCCCUGGGUUGGACGCUGACUGUGAGGUGUUGCAGUUCGCUGUUGAGAUGUUGCGGGUGGUGAGCUGGAACAUCAAUGGGAUCCGGAGCCCCCUGCAAGGGAUGGUAUACGAGGAGCCCAGCAACUGUGCCGCCAUGGCCGUGGGGCGCAUUUUGGACAAGCUGGAUGCCGACAUCGUCUGCCUUCAGGAGACCAAAGUGACCAGGGAUGUGCUGAGAGAGCCUCUGGCUAUCAUUGAGGGCUAUAACUCCUAUUUCAGCUUCAGCCGCAACCGCAGUGGCUACUCUGGUGUAGCCACAUUCUGUAAGGACAGCGCUACCCCCAUUGCUGCUGAAGAAGGCCUGAGUGGCCUACUUGCCACUCAUGAUGGGGACGUGGGUUGCUAUGGAAACAUGGAUGAAUUCACCCAAGAGGAGCUUCGGGCUCUGGAUAGUGAGGGCCGGGCCCUCCUCACACAACACAAGAUCCGCACAUGGGAAGGGAAAGAGAAGACCUUGACCCUAAUCAACGUGUACUGUCCCCAUGCGGAUGCUGGGAAACCUGAGCGGCUGUCCUUUAAAAUGCGCUUUUAUCGCUUGCUGCAGAUCAGAGCUGAAGCCCUCCUGGCAGCUGGCAGCCAUGUGAUCAUUCUGGGUGACCUGAAUACAGCCCACCGCCCCAUUGACCACUGGGAUGCAGUCAACGUGGAAUGCUUUGAAGAGGACCCAGGGCGCAAGUGGAUGGAUGGCUUGCUCAGUAACCUAGAAUGCCAGGCUGGGUCCCCUAUACGGCCCUUCAUUGACAGCUACCGCUGCUUCCAGCCAAAGCAGGAGGGUGCAUUCACCUGCUGGUCAGCAGUCAGUGGGGCCCGCCACCUGAACUAUGGCUCCCGGCUUGACUAUGUGCUGGGGGACCGGACCCUGGUAAUAGACACCUUCCAGGACUCCUUCCGGCUGCCUGAGGUGAUGGGCUCUGAUCAUUGUCCCGUGGGUGCAGUCUUGAGUGUGUCCUCUGUGCCAGCAAAACAGUGCCCACCUCUAUGCACCCGCUUCCUCCCCGAGUUUGCAGGUACCCAGCUCAAGAUUCUUCGCUUCCUAGUUCAUCUCAAACAAGAUCCUGUGUUCAAGCAAUCAACACUGCGACUCAGCAAACAAACCCGGAUACAGAUGCACCAAAACAAAGCCUGUGUGCGUUCAACCAGGCCUCGGCCAAGUAAGGCUGGCCCCAGCAGAGGCCAGAAAAACCUGACAAGCUACUUCCAGCCAUCUUCUAAUUGUCCCCAAGCUUCUCCUAUCUCGGAGCUGCGUAGUGUGGUUGCCCUCAUGACCCCAAAGACUCCAGAAGAGGAGGUGAUGACAAAAGUGGUGGAGGGGCCAGCCAGUGCUUCAGAGGCCAAGGAUGAAAAGGAGGUACGGACUUCUUUUUGGAAGUCUGUGCUGGGGGGGCCCUUGCCCAUGCCCCUUUGUGGGGGUCACAGGGAGCCAUGUGUGAUGCGAACCGUGAAGAAGCCAGGACCCAAUCUGGGCCGCCACUUCUAUAUGUGUGCCAGGCCCCAGGGUCCUCCCACUGACCCUUCCUCCCGCUGCAACUUCUUCCUCUGGAGCAGGCCCAGCUGAACCAAUCCAAAGUACAGAUGUCUGGCAUGGUCAACCCUGUACAUAAUCUGAAGCUAGCUCCCUUCUAAGCUGCCUCUUUCUUCCCCAAGGACGUCUCCUCCUCUUCCACUUUCUUGACGAACCUUUUUCCUCUUCCUCUUAAAGCCCUCUCUGAUUCUUUUUCCUGCCUGGCUCCUCCUCAUUGGUGAGCUUCUUAUUCCUUAAUGCUGUGACCCAGUUCCCCACUCCACUUCCUACCUUCCUGUCAGAAGUGCACAGGAACAAGUUGCCCCAGGAAGUUGGUUUUAAACCCUUCUCUUUCUUGCUGAGAAAUAUAUCUGUGCCUGAAUAAAGUCUGUAUUUUUGUUUUAGUACAUAAUGUCAUGUAGACAUUUUGGAUGUGCUUCAUGAAGUUGAGUCAGACAUUACCUCAACACUAGGUUUAACAGCUGCCUGUAGCCUUGAUAAUACAACUUCUAGGAAGGGGGGAAGAAGGAGGAGUGGUACUACCAUAAACGUUCUCUGUAGAGUUGUAAAGACUCCCUACACUGCUGAGGUUAGAUCAGCAAAAGAGGUGGCUCUGGUGUGUUAGAAAGCUCAGGUGGGUUGCAUAUCCUUAAACCAGCUCUUCCCAACUGCUGUGUCCCACAACUGCUACAAAAUGGGUUAUAGGGUGGGAAGAAAUGGCCCUGGAGUUGACAGAACACAAAUGUCAGCAGAGAGUACCUCCUAAGGAGGUAGUAUCAUUCAUUCACCCAGGUGCACCAUGCAAAUGUUUUCUGUGCACUAUGACCUGUAAAGAUUGGGAGCAUUUCCUUGAAAGAGUUCGUUAUAGCCAAGUAUUUUUCCUACCUUGGAAAAUAGAGCUGGUAGGUCCUUUCUAUAGGGUUUCCAGGUUUACCAGUGAAAAGUCAAUCCCUCGAUUUUUGUUGAAACUAUUGGGAAGCAGCCAUUUCAAAUAAACCUGCUAAGUGUCUCA